UGCCAGUCGGGCGGCGGGGCGGGGCCAGCCCUGCCCGCGCUGGGCAGCAGGGUGCGUUGCGCGGCGGCGCUGGUGUCUGAGGCGGCGGCGCGGCUCCUCCGCCCCUCCGUGCCCCGGCCCCGCCGAGACCGGAGAGCUGUGCUUUUCUCAGGCCAGAGAGCGUGUCUGCCUUUGUGCUGGAGAAGGCGACGUGACCGCUCUCGGACCAGUGUUCUCACGUGCUGGGGCCAGGAGCCGAUGGCAGACAAUGUCAACAACUAACAACAUAGCGCAGGCCCGGAAGCUGGUGGAGCAGCUCCGCAUCGAAGCCGGCAUCGAGAGGAUCAAGGUCUCGAAAGCAUCUUCUGAGCUAAUGAAUUACUGCGAGCAACAUGCCAGGAACGACCCACUGCUGGUUGGAGUGCCCGCGUCGGAGAAUCCUUUUAAGGACAAAAAGCCUUGUAUCAUCCUAUAGCUUUCCUCGCUCCGGCGCGUGCGAUCUCUCAGGCAGGGCACCGUUCUCCAUCGACUGAAACCAAGCUCCAAACUUAAAACUGCACCGAGGGGUAAACGCUAAAUGUUGGAUUCGAAUAGAACUUAAAUCUUUAAAAAAAACAAACAAACAAACAAAAAUUUGCGAGUGGUUUAGGGAAGGGUGUUUGCUCCCGGGCCGGUGCCGCACUGAGAGGGGUCAACAUUUAAAAACAGGGAAAAAAAAACCAAACACCCAGGGUUGAGGGGCGGGGGGAGUAUUUUUAAUAGCGACGUUCGAAAUUGGUACCGGGGUGGUGCAGGCAGCGAGGGGUUUUUAUGUUAUUUGCCAACGGGAUGCCAGACCCGAGCGUCGAGACGUCGCCGGCAGAAGCUUUGAACAAAGCUCUAAGUGGGUCUGAUCCGAUUAGUUUCCAAUCAGCGCGUCGUUCCAAGAAUUUGCUCUGUUUCUUGAGAGGGAACAAGGGAGAAGAGUCCAGGUGGGGACCUGUUCUGUAGAAAUCCAGUACAAAAAAGGAAAAAAAAAACAAAAAAUAAACCCAACCAAAACACGGCUUGAAAAAUUGCUGUUGCAAAUGGAUAAACCGAGGCUGGGAGGAGGAGGAUGGAGGCCGGGGGCCUUCUUCCCCGCGCCGCACGGCUCCGCUCGGAUGAGGGGAAGGCACCGCCGGGAAACGCUCUCUGGUGUCGGAUCCAUCGGCCGAGAGCGUUUCCGUGAGCGGCGUUAGGAAGCCCGAGGCAUGGGAGAGGCCGGGCUCGAGCCCCUCUCAUCCCUUCUGGGUUUUCUUUGUGCUGUUACCACUGUUUUUCCCAAACGGGACUGUACCGGGGGCGGGGGGAGGGAAGGGGCUUUCUGUCCUGCAGUAUCAUGUGAGAAAUCUUUUUAAAUUGGCCUUUUGGAGAGUCUCAGUCCAAAACACUAAAAUUGGCGGAUUUGCUAGCGUUUCCCAUCUCCCUUUUUCUCACGGAGAGCGGCGAGUGGCACUCGCUCCACUAAACCCAGUUAAUCUGGGGAGAUGAGGGUGAGGCUGUAGAAGAAAUAGUUUGUUUCCCAUCCCUUGGAAAUCACGAAACGCGAUUUAAACGGGGAGCGCUUUGUUCACCGCCGUUACACGCACGCGCCGCGUAGCCGGGGACGCCCCGGCGCAGAGCAGCCCGCGAGGAAGAGGGGACAGACAGGCGAGCCUUCCUCCCGCUGCCCGCCGCAGAGCCCUGCGGAGCCGUGGCGGCGACGGAGCCCGGCGCCCCCGUGCCGGGGCAGGCGGGUGCUCGGGAGAAAGAUCAGAGCUCAGGGACGUCCCGCGGCCUCUCCCCGCGUCGCUGCGCCGGGCACCCUGCGGCCGGCUGAGCCGCGGCGGCGCUCGCCGGCUUCCAGCUCCGCCGGAGAGAGGACGGGUCCUGGGCGUUGGGUUAAAGCGAGGGGUCUGCGUCCCGCAGGGCAGAGCCCGGGGCUGGGCGGCUCCUCGGGGGACGGCGAACGCUCCCUGCGGGAGGCGGAGGCGCGGUUCGGUUCCCUGACCAGCACGCCGGCACCCGUUCCCGGUUAUCCUGAACACAGGCACGCCGUGCUGGUGUCUGAGGACGGGCGGUGCCGAGUUUCGGUUUUGGGAAGAGAAGGACAAAAAACAAAAACCCCACACUUGAUGUGAAAUCGUGGGAAUUUUCCCAUUCCCCCCAACGCUUUGGAUUUGGUUUGAAAUGCCACGACCUCCCGCUGGGAUGGAAACCGCACGUGGCCGAGCCCUUCACGGGACAGGGAGAUAUUUUGGGGGAGCCGCUGGACCCCGCUCACGCUUUUCUGUUCCGGCUCAGCUGGGAGGGAGGAAACCGCGCCGCCCGUGCGGGAUGCUGCCUGCGCUUAGACUGGUCGGAGGCGCUGGCCGGGGCAGGGCGCUGGGGGGCUUCGCUGGUCGCUUUUCGGAGGAUGAUGGGUGUUCCCGGCGCUGCCGCCGACCCCCAGGGCACAGGGAGCUGCGCAGGGCGAUGCCGGAGGCCGGCUCGAAGGCAGGGAGAGGAGCAGAGCCUGCGGCCGCGUGGCUGGUACCCAGGGUAGGCGAGCUGGGGUCUGCCAGGAGGAAGGGCAGCUUCGGAGGGGUCUUCCUCCCGCGGCGUGGGGUGUCGGGCUGAGCUCAGCCGGCCCCUCUCCAGCCGACCAGCUCGGCAGUGCCAGCGGAGGCUGUGGUUAGCAGAGAUGCUCCAUUUACACUUCUUGGUUGCAGGUAUCUCACUAUUGGUUGAAAUACGUGAUCACUUGCCUUUUUAAACGAAUUUGGAUUAAAAAAAACCAAAACCACCCCAUGUUUUUAACACUAAGCCGCAGCACCUCCUGUGUACGUCUUGCGGCUGCGUUCCCGGGGUCCUUUGCCGAUGUGAGAGGUUUAAACCUCCCGUCUCCCGCCGGGAGCUGUGUCGCGGGCUCUGUCCUGGCGCCAGCCUCGCGCCAGGUGUGCUGGUGACCCCCGGGACGUCACCCCGUCCCGAUGCGAGCGCUGGGGCAGGCGGAGCACGAGAAGUGGAUUUAUUUCCCUCCGUGGCCGAGCGUGUCCCCAGCCCCGCUCGCAGCCCAGCCUGGCGCCGCGCCGAGCAUCGGCCGCAGCCCCGGCACGCCGACGGGCAAUGCCUUCGUGUUGGUUUUUGGUUUUGUUUUCCUUUUUUCUUUUUUUUUUAAAUCUUUCAUUCGACGUAGCUUCAAGCUCUCGAGCGCCGCAUCUGUAGCGGGAAGCGAGCACUGUCCUGAGGUGCGCCUGGGUUGUGCCACAGCAGGGCUUUCUCUUCUCCGCGAGGGAAUUUCCUCUGUCCUUAAUCUAGUACAGUUCCAGCCUUAUUUUUCUACUCCAGAUUGCUGAUUCUUCCUCUAUGUUAGAGACCAGUGCAUGGUGCUAUAGCCGGCGACCCAGGCAAGUGCCCGAGCUGCGGGUCAGCCAGACGAACCCGCGCUCUGCGCGGCAGCGAGCGAGCGGCCGAGGUGGCUGCGGGAGCCGCACGCCGCUGCUCCGCUCGAGACCCGGGCAGGGGCUGCGUGUCCCCCUCCCCGCCCCGACAUCCGAGGGGGCUCCCGAGUGCUCCCCCCACCCCGACAGCCCUGCCCGGGCGGGGGCCAGCCCUGCCUGCAUCCUGCCCUCUCCACCCCCCCCACCCCGGGAUCGCGGCGGGGCGGCUCAGCCCCGCGGUGCCGGGGCUGCCUGCGGGAUGCUCUGCCGGCGAAGCCGGGGGGUCAGUCCGCUCCCCCUCCCCUCCUUCCACCCGCGCGGGCCGCGCUCGUCCCCGGUGUCUCGCCCGAGCCGUGCCGCGGCGCCGGCGGUGGGGUGGCCGGCGAGGGGCGAGGCGGCAGGUCUAGGUUCAGCGUGCGGCUGGAGCCGGGAGAAGGGGGGCACGGGAGCAUCUGCUUGGGGUCCCCUGGGAGCCGGGGGACGGGGCUGGGGGCUCCCGGCACGGGGAUGCCAGUGGGCCGGCGGCAGCGGGGUCCUGCCGGGAGCCGAGCGGGUGCUGGUGUCUCUCAGUGGGUGACUCGUUAGGUGGAAAAAUCCUCAACCUUUUAUUUUGGUUUUUAUUAAUUUUAUUUUUUUUUUCCUCGUCUGAGUAAAUCAGUGAUCAUACUGUAGAUGUUUUUGUAUAGCAUAAAUAUAAGUGCAAAUUACAGUAGUUGCUUGUACUUUGUUAGUGCAUUUGCCAAAAAAAAAAAAGAAAAAAAAAAAGAAAGAAAAAAAAGACCAAAAAAAAAAAAAAAGACACUUUUCAGGACUUUUUAAGUGCUCCAGGUCGCGAAGGGGGAGCGGGGAGCCGGGGCCUCCCUUGUGCCGCUGGCGGGGCGUGGGGCAGCGGUGCCAGCAGCCCCGGCUCCACAAAGGCCUUUUUUUGGACAUAAACACAUGCCCAAAUCUGUCUGGCGUUUCUUUUUAGCAUGUGGUGAAGCCGUUGCCAAAAAUAGAAAGGAGAGAGGCUGCAAAAGAAAAGGGAGAGAGGAAACGUCGCUCCUAUUUAAUUUUUUGGUCCAUUUUCCUUGUUCUCCCCUCCCUGUCUCGGGGACGGUCCCGCGGCGCAGCCGGAGCCGGGAGACGCCCGGGCACCCGCACGGCACCGCAGCCGUGGGGCUGGCGGGGUUCGGUGCCGGUGCCGGAGCCUCCCGAGCCCGGAGCCGAGCAGAUCCCCCUUCCUCCAAGUACUUAAAAAGUCAACUUUAUUUAACAAAGUAAAAAUAACGCAUUUACUUCAUUGAACCGAAGCCACGCGUCUGAUACUUUGCGCUCUUAAUUUUUCUCUCUGGUCUAUUAUUAUUAUUAUUAUUAUUAUUAUUAUUAUUAUUAUUAUUAUUAUUAUUAUUUGCCAAACUCUGAUCUUGUUGCCAAACGCAAAUCGAGGUUUGUAAAGACUGUACUUAGGAAGUAAUCGGUGUCUGUAACGUAGGCUCCUCAUAACGUCUGCAUUUUUGGAUCUCUGAUUUUUAUUUCUGGUGUGCCAUAGACCCAAUUUCUCGCACAGUGUUUAAUAUUUUGUGGAAUUGUUGUUAAGAAGUGAAUUGAUAACACAAUAAAAAGGCUCACUUUUCAUUUUGCCAGA